CUCAUGUAUUGUACUGGAGCCUUCGGGGACUCACACAAGUAAAUCUCUGUGCUCUGCUAACAACAGGCCUACUUCUGAAGCAGGAUGCGUUUGGUUUGUGCUCUGGGUCUCUUUCUGACCCUGCUGCAGCUGUCUGCCUCUCUGCUGCUGGGAGCCUUCAACAUCAAGACAUUUGGAGACAAGAAAGCCUCCAACACCACUCUGAUGGACAUCAUCAGCACGAUUGUCCACCGAUAUGACAUCAUUCUGAUCCAGGAAGUCAGAGACAGCGAUCUGUCAGCAACCAAAAAACUCAUGGAGCAUGUCAACAAAGGUUCUCCUCAGUACAGCUACAUCAUAAGCGAGCCUCUGGGUCGCAGCUCCUAUAAGGAGAGAUAUCUCUUCCUCUACAGGGAACACACAGUGUCUGUGGUUAAAAACUACACCUACGACGACGGCUGUGAGCCCUGUGGGACAGACACCUUCAGCAGAGAGCCUUUUGUUGUCAUGUUCUCCUCCAAAUACACUGCUGUGAAGAACUUCGUUCUGAUCCCCCAGCACACCUCUCCAGACUACGCAGUGCAGGAAGUCAAUGCUCUCUAUGAUGUGGUGGCUGAUGUCCGCACUCGCUGGAACACCAAUGACAUCGUUCUGCUGGGUGACUUCAACGCAGGCUGCAGUUAUGUGUCAAACUCUGACUGGCAGAAGAUCCGCCUCUUCACAGAUAAGAGUUUCCACUGGCUGAUCCCCAAUGAGGCUGACACCACAGUGUCACACACUAACUGCCCUUAUGACAGGAUUGUGGUCACCACUGACAUGCUGAAGGGAGUAGUGCACGACAGUGCUGAAGUUUACAACUACAUGUUGAACCUGGGUCUCGACCAGAAACUGGCAUUGGCUGUCAGUGACCAUUUCCCUGUGGAGGUGGAGCUGAGUGGAUAGACUUGUGCUGCCUGAACCAUCCACUCUACAGGUCUCCAGGCUGAAUCUACAAAAUGUUAAUUCAGUGUUGGAAUUAUUUCCAACCACAAAGCCAAGAAUUAAAAGACCAAAAUAAACAAAUCUGCCAAACUAUGUCAUUGCAAACUGGUUUCUUGGAACA